CGGUAGGUGGGGUAAGAGUUAGGUAGGGUUAAAUCUACAUUUAAUGUCUACAGAAAUUAAUUCAUUUGUAUUUUUUACAUAAAAAAAUUAAAUAAUAAUUAAAUGAAGAAAAAUUGUGUAGGUUUUUGUCUGUAAAAUUGUUCACAUUCUACAAUUUGUGAAAUUUUAACAUCAGCUUUUUUUAAGUUUAUAAUUAUUUUGAAAAAAUUACCAAAUUAAUAAAGAUCUUACAGUAUACAUAAGAUCUCAGAAACGUGCACUGUGCCAUUUAUCACAAUAUCGCUAAAAAGAAACAAAUAUAACGUUUAAAUGUUAAAAAUGUAAAAGUUAUGAGGUUUAAAAAUAAAAUAAAAAAGAAGGAAAACUGAAAAUGUAAAGUGCUGUGAGGUUAAUGGAUAAAUGAGAGUUUUUGUGGGUUGAAGGUAAAGAAUGGAAACAUAAAUACGGUUAAAAAGGAAAAGGUCAUGUUUAAUGAGAGCUGAGCACAGACUCGCACACAGAGAACAGCGAGCGGGAAAAGUGUCCGCAUGAAGAACGGAAGGAAAGCGGAUGGGAACGCUGAGGGGUGUGUGUGUGUGUGUGUGUGUGUGUGUGUGUGUGUGUGUGUGUACAGGUGAUGACGUGGCCGUACUGAAAGAGCAGCUCUGUGCCCUGUGGUACAGGAAGGAGCUGGAGGCGCUGAGACUACAGGCCGUGAGCGGGUUCUCCCGGUUCCACUCGCCCCUGGCCGGGCUCCUGACGCUCCUGGACGGCUGCCCGGGUGUCCACAAGAGCAGAUCCACCACGCUGGGGCAGAUCCUCCUCACCGAGUUUGUGCGAUGGAGACGCGGCCGGGAGCGGGUCAGCGUGAAGGAGCUGGAGGACGAGGAGGAGAAGCGGAACCUUCAGCUCCGGGCUCUAGAGCUCAUCACGGCCUCGCCGCAGGGAUGCGUGGACCUCCUGCUGGAGCUCUACGAGCUGAAGAGCCUGGAGACGAGCCUGCUGCUGGAGCACGUGGCCUUCCUGCAGAUCAGCCGCUGUUUCAGAGAGGCCGCGGUGCUGGGCAUGAAGUUAGGACUUCAGGAAGAACUCAACAUGGAACAAAUGUGUGUUCCUCUGAUCCUGAUGGACAAGCUGUCCCUGGCCGAGGCCUAUGUUCAGGAUCACGCUGACCUGCAGGAGCGUCUGAUUCGGCUGCUGGACUCGUGGUGCAGUCCAGACUUUAACCUGGAGAACGUGCGCAGGCAGUUUCCUUGUUUGUCACUUUCCAAGCACCAGACCGACCAGAUCCAGUCCAAGAUGCUCAUUCGACACGUCUUCCGGCUCAUGGAAAAAUUCAACAUUGAUCCUGGUUUGUGUGUGAACGCUGUCUACAAGAGGAAACUCGACUCCCUGAGAUUUCUGAUGUACAAGAGAUUUGGAGAGAAGAACAUGACUGAGGAGAACUGGAGGGACCAUGUGCAGGUCACAGUGGAGGGCAGUGUGGACCUCCAGGUUGUGUUAGUGGAGCUCUUAGUGAAACACUGUGGACUGAAGGCUGCGGCUCAGUGGGCCAAACACUACAGGGUACCGAGAGACAGACUUCCCAUGGCGGUGUGGGACACCAUGGAGAUACUCUCCUCCAGUCAACUAGAAAUAAAUGAAGUGUGUUCUCCUCUGGAUCUGUGGGUCACUCCUCCAUCUCACCAGCGCCAGUUCUACCAGCUUCCUCUGGACCAGCAGCAGGUCCACAUGGUGGAGAACUCGGAGCAGCUGCAGCUGUGCAGAGACUCGGUUCUACAGGCGGGGCGUGUGGUGGGCGUGGACAUGGAGUGGAGAGCCGGAUUCGGUACAGUGAGCAGACAGCGCAUCUCCCUGAUCCAGCUGGCCGUGAAGGAGCGAGUGUUCCUGUUGGAUCUGUGUGCUCCGGGUCUCAGCCAUCACAGCCUGACCGUCAACUUCAUCCGAACGCUGCUCACCAACACCAGCGUCCUCAAACUGGGUUAUGGGAUGUCUGGAGAUUUGAGGAGUCUGGUGGCCACAUGGCCUGAGUUAAAGGAGGAACCUCUGGAGUUUAAGGGAGUCUUGGACCUGCUCCAUGUCCAUCAGCAGCUGCAGCGGUGCUGGCGAGGGAGAACCGGGCCUCGGCCGGUGGAGGUGAACGAGGGCCCGGCGGAGAAAGGUUUGAGUCUGCUGGUGCAGCAGGUGCUGGGAAAACCGCUGGAUAAAACUGAACAGCUGUCCAACUGGGAACGCCGUCCACUUCGCACCGGACAGGUCCGCUACGCAGCGAUAGACGCGUACUGUCUGGUGGAUGUGUAUCAGACUCUCUCUGCGGAUCCGAAGGCGUUCGGUCUUCCUGAUGAUCUGCACUCUGUCAAGCCGAGUUCAUCGACCAAAAGUGACUCAGACAAAAAAACUAAAGAGAAGAGGAAGCAGACGGAACGGAGGGCUCGUCAGAGUGCCCUCAGGUGCGCAGGCGAUCAGGACGAGUGUGUGAGGGGGAUCGACGGGCAGUACGGCGCCUCCAUAACGCCUCAGGAGCUGCGGGUGGUGUGUGACAACAUGCUGCAGGGCCUGGGCAGGUACCUGCGCUGUGUGGGCGUCGACGUGCUGAUGCUGGAGAACACGGACGACCACAAAGUAGCAGCGCAGAUCGCUCGAAAGGAAGGUCGUAUCAUCCUCACUUCCGGUCAGCCAUUUCAAUCUCUCCGGUCGCAGGUUGCAGAGGGACGCUGUCUCACUCUGGACUGUUCGGAGAAGGCUCGGGACCAGGCUCUCCGCGUCCUCAAACAUUUCAACGUCCGCCUCACACCAUCGGACAUAUUCAGUCGAUGCCAGGCGUGCAAUAAUGACGAGUACCUGAAGCUGCCGAGAGAAGACAUGACUCGGAUGAUGAACAGACGAGGCCUGAUUCAGGACACGGUGCCCAAACAGGACGACUGGGGGAAUCAGUGCGGCGCUCAGGUGGAGCAUAACAGGUCGAGGCCCCCGGACGGGCCCGCGUUCACGCCUCACUGCCGCUGGGCCCCUCGCUCCGCCCUCGACGCUCACUCCUUCAGGUUCGGCGGCGGAGCCGAGGUGCAGCUGGAGACGGUUCCGCCCGGACUGCUCCCUCGCAUCCCCGAGUACUUCAUCUGCACGCGCUGUGGGAAAGUGUUCUGGGAGGGAACCCACUUCGACCGGGCUCUCGCUCAGUUCCAUGACAUUCUGAACCUUUCCGAUGAAGACACCACGGCCAGGAAGCACUGAGUGUCCCGACGUUUGAGGGCUGGAGAAAAAAAUCACAGAAAUUACAUCAAAUACCAGGAGGGUGUGAGUUCGAGUCCCAGGACGGCCGUAUACGGUUUUAACACGUUUCUACUGUUUCUUCGUUCAAACAGAACUGUUUUUCUUUUCCAGCGAAAUCUAAAUGUAAAUCCGUCCGACGGAAACGCGACUCACUGAAGGGGAAAGGACGUCGUAUGUCCGACGUGAAACGCAUUCGUGGCUACGUUUUCAGUUUGUGAUAAUUCUCUCUAGGUGAACUUUGACCUCUCGGGUCAAAAAGUGGGCGGGAUUGUGGUGUGUUUGGUCGUUUAAAAAAUGUCGUAGCUGCUAAAUAUUAAGUAACGCUCACUCGAGCCUUUUGCGAAGUUUUCUUACUUUUUCAUGUUCACAUCUGGAAAAGAAAAUUAUCUGUGAAGUCCAAUAACUCACAUGUUUUAUGGUAAAAUUCUAGGUUUGUUUUUUUUCUUUGUUGUAUGUUAGGAUUUAUUGUCAGCUCUGUUCUGUAGGAAACGACAGAACUGCGUGCUACGACUGACACGUGAGCGUGCCAGCGUUCGUUAUUCUGCUUCCAUCAUGUACACAAGGUGUAACUUUGUUCACUUUGUUUUUAUAGACUGGGUUUUUGUUUUUAGACCGCACCAGUUCACGUGUAUAACAGUCUUCGGGUGUGGCUCAGUCGUUCUGCGUGCACCAGAUCAUUAGCGAUGCCUCGUUGUUUUAUAAAAUUGUUUUACGAGUUUUUUAAUUUCACUUUUUUUUUUUUGUUGUUUUGCUCGUUUCAUACGCCCUGUUGAGGGAAGAAAAAAAACAAUCAUAUAUGAUUAAAACAGCUUUAUCUAUGAAAUAAACGUUACCCUGGGUGUGUGUGUGAGAUAUAACCGAGAUUUGUGAAAUCCGUCGAGAGAGAGUGUUAAGCAAUAUGAGGGGAGAAAAAACGAAGAAAACAGGCCGUGUGAGUGGCGUCCAUGACCGAGUUCUGGUUUCAGACAUCUGUGAGAAAGUAGCACGAUGUGGUUUGCAACACAAACUGUGGCGUAAUCAUAAAUAUAACUUUACAUGUUCAUUCCUUCCUCAAUUUUUAGGUCUGGGACGAAAUAUUUUCAGGAAAUAAAAGUUGCAGCAUGAGACUGAUUUUAACCAAAGGUGGUUUAAAAAAAAACCCCCCAAAACAAAACACGAACGCUAUGUCAUGCUCAGAUAAAUGAAUUAAUUAUUCAAUUAAUUUAUUCAUUAGUUGGUGUAUUUAUUUAUUAAUGUAUUACAGGACUGUGUGUCUGCUUUGCUGUGUGGGAACUCUGCUGUAUUGUAUUUUUAUCCGCUUUUAUUUACACCAAUUUUUUUUGGCCGGUGCUUUCUUCCCACAGACAAAAAUCAUUUCAGCACAACUUCUGUUUACACAAAAUGGUUUUGAGCUCAAUGUGCAGAUAGCACUGGUCCAGAACAUCUUAUCAGCUAAUCGCAUAAACUUUACUUUUCUUUCUUUUCUUUUUUUUAUUUUUAUUUUAAUAGGACCGGAGAAAAGAAAACAUUUUGCAGGUGUCUGUGGAAAAAAAUUAACCCUGUAAAUUUCCAGAUCUUACACACCUUUUAAUAUUAUUUACAGCAGUUAUACGAUCAUUUCACUACACAGUCACUACACAGAAAACAUACUCGUUUAAUGCAGUGGUAUAAAUGACAUUAUUUACAUAAUUAUGUUAUUUAUUUAAGGUAAACUUUUUUUCUUUACGAGCAGUAUGCCGGAACUUAUGGCUUUGACGUGAAUAACUCCCAUAACCUCUAACAUGACUAUUUAUUGUAUGUAUAAAUCUCCUAGAUCGUUCACAGACACGUUGAGUGGAUUUUUUUUUUUUUUUUUACACAAGGUGGAUUACGUGUCAUUGUUUUAAACAACGAAGAUCUCUCUCUCGCUCUUUCAUGAAGUUCUGGUUUACGUUAUUUAUUUUUUUCUUUCCUCAUUCACACAGUCGAUCUAUUUUCACACGAUUUUAUCUAUCACGUAACUCCAGGGUGUAACAUGUUGAAAUGCACUUUCACGUGUUUUUCCACAUCAUUUUUCCACACGUGAAAUGUGUGUGAUUCCUCGACAAGGUACACGUUGAGGAAAAUAAAGGUCUCGAGGAUUCUUCGUUUGUUCCUCCAGGGCCAGGGGAACCCUUAAAGGUUAUAGACAGAACCCUGUAAUAUCAGAGCGCUCUAAGGAACGAAGAACCCAUAGCUACGUAAAGGGACUCGUGGAGAAUCACAAUUCGUAGGGUUUCCUCCAUCAUUGGCUCUUUUAGCUGUUCUGACGUUCUUCGUGCUGUGUAUUGAAUCAGCGGUGUGUUUAAUGGGUUAUAAUCUGAAAGAGAAAUGCCAGCUAUCAGUUUAUUUAUGUCCUACAUGUUUGUUUAACUGUUCUAAGAGCUGAAUCGAAGCCAUUUGGCACUUGAAUCUUGCCAGAUUGUUUUGCAAGCUUGAAAACAGGAAAGCAGGAUGGGCUGCACAGAUUCUUCAACACUGAUUUUCUCUCCAAAGUGUGUGUGUGUGUGUGUGUGUGUGUGUGUGUGUGUGUGUGUGUGUGUGUGUGUGUGAGCUUUUCAAAGACAUCCAGCAAAACAAUCUACACAUGAUGUUCCUUCUUUAAACCUGAACAUAAGCAUCCAAGUAUUUGCUGUAACUGUAUCGCUUGCACCAUACUUGAAAUAAGCUAGUGAGGUGUGUGUGUGUGUGUGUGUGUGUGUGUGUCGUGAGCUCGGUUCAGCCCCUGUCCCGGAUCAGCCAGGCCUUUUUCUGCGCCGUUGUCACCCGAUCCUCUCUCUUUCUUCACUGGGAAGAAAAGCUCGCCUCUUUCCCACGCUCCUGCUACACGUGGUAGCUGCCGGGCCUCCCAGGCCCCGCCCAUAUGCGCUGACGUCACCUGCGUUCCUCAGAAUCCUCUUCAAUGUCAGGUCAGUAGCUGUCGAGGCCCCGCCCGCCAGGCCCCGCCCCCUCUCCAUGUCUUCCCGCGCGCGCGCACCUUUAGCUGUGAGGAGCUGAGAGGGAGAAGGUCUCUCAGUGAGGGGGUGAAAAAAAAUGGCGGCUGUUUGAAAAUAGCGUUUUUUAACGGUUUUUUUUUUUUUAACUCUUUUUUUGUGUGUGUGUUAGACAGUGUUUGAUAUUAAACAUUGGUUUACUUUGGAUGUAUAUGCUGCUAUAUACAUAUUUAGGUGUUUUUUUGGUAUCUCAAAUGUGGUUAAUACCUUUCAACAGAACAAAAUAGCUGAAAAUGUCUUAAUGCCUUUUUUCUUCAAAAAAAAAAAACCGGACAUAUAUUUGAUUUUAUUGGCUAGGUUUAGGAAGUGAUCAUAUUUAUGUACAUUUUUGUGAUUUAUAAAUAGGCUAAAUGAAGGGACUUUUCUACACAGAAAGGCACAAUCCAGAACCCUUAAAGGUUCCACAACAGUGUUUCCCAGUGAUAAAGGAUUUCAAACCAGAACCUUUUUAGGAACUUAAGAGACUUUAAUUAAAUAAGGGUGAAAUCCUUGAAGAAAGUGUAAAAACCUGGAGAACCUAGCAGCAUUGCUCACAUUAUGUGUCUAAGCCUUUUUUGUCUUUAUGUUCAAUACAUACACUUAAUAAUAAUAAUAAUAAUAAUAAUAAUAAUAAUUAUUAUUAUUAUUAUUAUUAUUAUUAUUUUAUUAUUAUGGGACACCUUGAUUCUUCAAAAAAACAGAAAAAUCUGUUUUGUGAGGAAUGUAAGGUCCACAAUCUAUCCCUAACAGUACUUACUUCAGACGUAGUCAAUCAGACCAGACAGGGUCAGUGCCUAAAAUUUGGUUCACUAGUUUUGCACUCGAGCUAUAAGGCUAAUAUUGCUAGCAAGUAAUGAACGUUUAUAUCACCCCAAAUUUUCCAGAAAUAAAUCCAUGCUCAGAUCAACCUCCAACACUCAACCCCCAGCUUUAUUAGCUACAGCUUUAAGAAGCAGUAUAUGACUCUUAGACUGACAUUUUAAUUGAACAUUUUAAAGGUUAAAUGACUAGUGUUCUGUACCACACAGCCUAAAUAUAAUGUAAGAUAUACCACAUCCUUCCACAUACACUUUCAACACUAAGCAUGUAGGUAUGUGUGCUGCAAAGAAUGAUGAUUAUUAAAUUACUUUGUCACAAAAGCAAUAUAUCACUGGUCCACUGGAUGCUGAGUAAAUAAAGCCCUGAAAAGUGAAAAGGUUUCUAUUACAAAAGAAAACGGCCAGAACAGCUGUGAUGAACUUUAUUCAUUUUUAAUAGCUCGUCUUUGUCCUUGACUCGAUAUCGUUUGUUUUUAAUCACAUGAGAGUCACAAGUGUGUGUCUACAUCAGAUGAAAAUGGACCAGUCAUUUAUUUUAUGAAUCUUAGGAACC